ACCACCUGUUACUAAAGAAGAAAGAUCUUCCGACGUUACUACUGUAAAUAUAAACAUUGAGAAAACAUAUUAAUUAAAAUAUGUCACAAGAAAAUAAAAAGUCCAAGAAAAAGGACGUUAAGAAGGAAAAGGCAAUACAAGCACAAAACAAUGUGAAAGAAGAUGUAGAUACCGAUACAAAUAAAACUGUCAAAUCAAAAUUUGGACCUUCUAUAUCCUUCCCGUAUCAAAGAGUAUGGUCACGUUGCAUCUUAAUUGUUGGAGUUUUGUUUAUCGUCUGGUAUAAUAGUAGAAACGGUAAAGAAAUACAAUUAGCAAAACAAAAAGAUAUACUGGUAACCCGAACGCAAACCGUAGAGUGUUCAGAAGAAUUUAAAAAUGAAUUAAAUCAAUUUCCUGGUUGUCUACCAGAAAAAUGUGGAAGAAUGGUAACAGAUAAAUUAGUUACUUCGGCAGAGAGCGAUGUUCUCUUAAAACUUGCAAUUAACGGUAUGAGUUUAGGUGGUUCUGAUGGUGGUGCAACUAUCUUAGACCUUCACUCUGGUGCAUUGAGUAAAGGAUCUAAAUUCGUUAACAUCUAUCAGCUAGAAGGAAGAGAUAAAAUAUUUAAUGCUGUUGAUUUUGCCAUGUAUAAAGUAGUUAAGACCAAGAUUCAGCAUUCCAUAGCGCAUUAUUUUGGAGUAGAUGUUGAUAAGAUUCAUUUAACUAAACCAACUUUCUUUUCGCAAAUGACUAAUGUGCCGGCUAAAACUAUACAUGAUGAAUAUUGGCAUCCACAUGUCGAUAAGGAAACAUAUAAACACUUUCAUUAUACCUCUUUACUAUAUUUAAAUGAUUACGAUAGAGAUUUCAAAGGAGGUAGAUUUAUAUUUAUUAAUGACAACAAUGUUAAUAGUACUGUAGAACCACGAAAGGGUAGAGUAUUAAUGUUCACAUCUGGUAGUGAAAAUUUGCACGCAGUUGAAAAAGUCCAAUCUGGAACUCGAUAUGCAUUGACCGUAUCUUUCACAUGUGAUUCAAAUGCAGCUAUUACUGAUCCAAAUUAUCGUAAUAUAAUGAAAUAGUGUCAAUUAAAUUAUUUCUAUAUAUAUGUGAAUGUAAAAUAAUUUAAUAUUAUAAUUUAAUCCUUUGAGUAUUGAAUAAUCUUGGCAAAAGCACUUUCUGGAGAUGAAAUACUUUACUAAGCAUAACUAAGUAAGUUAUAAUAAUUAUUCUUCCAUAUAUUAUAUAUAAAAUAUUAUGUGAAAGUUAUUAUUGAGCACAAUUUUGUUAUUACAAGACUCGAAACUAUUAUCAACAAUUACAAACUGUCUUUGCAUUCCCUGCAUUCAUGCCACUCAAAGGGUUAAUAUUAUAGUGUAUUAUGAAUCUAAGUUAACUUCUUACAUUCACACAAAGUAUAAUUUAUUUUACAAAUAAUUAAGAUAAUAAUAGUAAGUAGGGAAAUGUAACAAAUUGUCAUUAUUAUUAUCAUGAUUGAAAAAACCGUAAUGUUAAAUAUUUCAAAUGUUUCUAAAAUGAAAAAAUAAUAAAUGGGAAUGUACCAAAAUAAAUAAUUAUAAUUAUAACAACAA